AUGAGGUCAGAAAUCAAAACAAAGUUAAUCUUCGAUCUUCCACAGGAUGUGAUACAAGAGAUAUUCUCUAAGGUUCCUGUCACAUGUCUACGAAGAUUACGAUCUACUUGCAAAAGAUUGCACGCUUUACUCAAAGAUCGAGGAUUCAUCAAAAAAUAUUAUGACACAAGGCAGUACCAUGCUCUUAUGCUAUUGAAUUUUAAGGUUUAUUCGAUGAGCUACAAUCUCCAUGGAGUUAGCAUGGACGUCGUUCCGGAAGGUGAACUUAGCCUAAUCGACCCCUAUCGUAAUAAUACAAACGCAGAUAUAUCUCAAGUCUUUCACUGUGAUGGUUUAUUGCUAUGCACCACCAGAGAAAAUAGAUUAGUGGUUUGGAAUCCGUUUACGGGGCAAAAGAGAUGGCUCCAACAGCAAAAUCGUGGCAGGAUAGACGAUAACUAUAUUCUUGGAUACGACAACAGCUAUUUGUGCCAUAGCUACAAAAUCUUGAGGGUUCCGGAUAUUUAUUACCAAAAAUUGGAAACUAGCCAAAAUUCACGGAGGAAUCUUGAUGUCACUCCCAAAGGUGACCUAGAAUUGAAGGUCGAUGGUAUUAGCUCUAAUUCAAGGAGGAGAUAUCUUGGUGUUACUACUCCCCGAAAAGACUUAGAGCUGAAGUUAAAUGAUUUUAGCUCUAAUUCAUGGAAGAAUCUUGAUGUCAUCACUCCCAAAGGUUGCUUAAAAUCUUAUGGCGUGUCAUUGAAGGGAAAUGCUUAUUGGGUGUACUUGUCUAAGCAAAGAGGAGUCAACGACUACUCUCUACUUAGUUUUGAUUUUGCAACAGAGUGUUUCCAACAUUUGUGUGUUCCCUUUCAUCAAGAAGCAGAUUGUUUUGAUACCACGAUUCUCUCGGUUGGUAAAGGAGAACAUCUUUCGUUGUUAUAUCAGAGCUGCGAGACGCUAAUGGUGGAGAUAUGGAUAACCAAUAAGAUUGAGACCACGUUUGUGUCAUGGAGAAAGUUCUUAAAAGUGGAUAUAUAUACGCAGCUCCCUAUGUUUUCGUGUCGAAUGAGUUUCUUCAUUGAAGAGGAGAUGAAAGUUGCCGUGUGUUGCGACAGAAAUAACAAGGUAUACAUUGUUAGAGAAGAUGAAUAUAAAGUAUCUUCCGGUUUUAAUUUUUUAGAAUUUGAAGGCGUAAGAUGUUGCCUCACUCUCUUUGGUUACGUUCCAAGAUUGGUUUAA